AUGUUUAAAUAUUUAAUUUUCGUUUGCCUGGCCUUGUCGUGCCACGGCACUGUUAUAAGGGUGCCUCAGCUCGAUCAGCCUAUAUUCGUUGAAGUGAAGAAUAGAAAUCUUGAUCACUAUUGGACGCUGGAGUUUCUGGAGUUUCUGAAGCUUAUUGACGUGGAAAAAGUACUCGGCGUAGCGGUCCAGUACAUAAACGAUGCAGAAGUUAUGAAUUUCCUCGGUUUCAUCUUUGGUCCUGAUUUCAAAGAAAUCAUAAGAGAAUUUGAAUCUUUAGAAGAAUUUAAUGAGGCGUACUUAUAUUUAGCUGACAAUGGUUAUGAUACCAAAAGAGUUAUUGAUUUUAUUAACGCGGCAUUGGAACUACCACCAUAUAGCAAGCCCAAGAGUUACAGACAGGAGCUACAGAAAAAAGGAAUGUCAGGGUUCAUAGUCGCAAUGCUUGGAGCUCUACCCUUAGAGGAGAUGAGGGACCUUCUAGAAAAGAAGCUGACAACUGAACCUGAAUAUGCCGAACUAAUGGCAAUAUUAGAUUCACAGGAGUUCAUGGCGAUUUUGAAAAAGCUGGCCAAAAAUCCAAAGAUUGAGGAAUUUAAGGCAGAGAGGUUAGCUUUGAACCAGUAG